CUUUGUAAACAGCACCGAAACCUCCUGACCCCAACAAAUUAGAGUAGUUAUCGGUUGCAAUUUGUAACUGCUGAUCAGUGAAUCUUACUGGCUUCUCCCUUUCGAUAUCAUUCAAGAAUUUUUCUAUAGUGAGCGUAGCAAAUUGUGGUUGUUGCUGGUGAUGCGUCUGGAACUUAGAUAAUGGUUGAUUCAACGUCAGAUUCUUAGCUGAAUCAGGGCGAAGUGGAUUAUGAAUUUGAAUCUAACGAAGUUUCUGAGCCUCUCUCUGUUGUUGAUGACCAGUUUAUUCCGAAGGUUGGAAUGACCUUUACCACCCUUGAAGAUGCUGAAAAAAUUUACAGGAACUACGCCAAGGUUGCAGGUUUUUCUACAAGAGUUCGGAGCACAAAUAGAAAGGAAAACGAGAUUAAGAAUCAAUUGAUUACAUGUAGCAGAGAGGGAAAAUGAAAAUCUAAAAUAUCUCCGACCGAGAAGACGAAUCUGACAGCCGGUUUAAACUGUCCUGCAAGAAUUUAUAUAUACACAUAUAAGGAUGUUGGUGCUUGGAUCAUUUCAAAGGUUGUGCUGGAUCAUUCACACCCCUGCUGUCCAAGUAAAGCAGAGAUGCUCAAACAGCACAGAGAACUAAGCAUGUCCAUUCGUCGUACAAUAGAGAAUAACGAGGAGGCCGGUAUCAGACCAAGCAAAAUCUACCAAUCAUUUGUUGCGGCUACCGGGGGUCACCGCGAGUUAAAUUUUAUCGAAAAGGACGUGAGGAAUUACAUUACCAGGGAAGUGCGGAAUGUUUCUGAACAAGAAGAUGCAAAGGAAUUCGGGAAAUAUUUGUUAAGAAUGAAAGAGAAGAAUAAGAAUUUCUUUUUUGAGCUUGAACUCGAGGAGGAUCAAUCGAUUAAGCUGGCUUUUUGGGCCGAUGCAAGAAGUAGAGCUGCCUUUGAGUAUUUCGGAGAUGUCAUUUCAUUUGACACCACCUACAAUACAAACAGGUAUAAUUUGGUCUGUGGUUCUUUUGUCGGGGUGAAUCACCACGGUCAGUCAACACUUCUCGGAUGCUCUUUGAUGAAAAACAAAGAAAUUGAAUCAUUCAAAUGGUUAUUUCAAUGUUGGCUUCGUUGCAUGGGAGGAAACGCUCCCAAAGGGUUUCUCACCGAUCAAUGCGCAUCAAUUAAAAGGGCUUUAGAGGCCUGUAUGCCAACAACAAUUUACUGUUGGUGUAUUUGGCACAUCAUGAAGAAGAUUUCAAGCAAAUUAAACGGUUACAAGGGACAUGCAGAUAUUGAACAAGAAAUGAGCCAAGUUGUUUUUAACUCUCAUAGCAAAGACUCAUUCGAUAGGAAUUGGAAUGAUUUUCUGCUGAAUUUUGGUCUUGUGGAGAACAAGUGGCUUUCAGGGAUGAGAAGCACACAAAGGAGCGAGAGCAUGCAUUCAUUUUUUAACAAGUUUAUCACCCAGAACAGCUCGCUUAUUCAGUUCGUCAAACAAUACGAUAAUUGCCUCGGAAGCAGGGAGCAAGCAGAGAGAGAAUCAGAUGCUACAGAUUUUCAUACGGUCAUACCGUGUGCAACCAAAUCCUCCAUUGAAGUUCAGUUUCAAGAUGUGUACACUCAUCAAAAGUUUAGGGAAGUCCAAGCGCAAUUCAGAGGAAAGGCGAAUUGCAUCACCAGAUUAACGAAUUCCGCUCUAGGCUAUUCAGUAUACGAAGUUGGAGAACAAGUUUCCAGCUCAAUAUUCAACAAGUUUGUGGUUACUUACGACUCAGUUGCAGCCGAGGUAAAAUGCCAAUGCUUAUUAUUCGAGUCGAGAGGGAUACUGUGUCGUCACGCAUUAAGCGUGUUAAGCUUUGAACAAGUAAGCCAGGUGUCACCUAGAUAUAUACUAGAACGAUGGAGCAAGAAGGUAAAGAGGCGACACACACACAUCAAGAGCAGCCAUGACGAGCCACUGAUGGAGCCAAGAAGCAAGAGGUUUGACCAAUUGGUUUUUCGUUCGCAAAAUAUUUGCGAAUUUGCAUCCGAAUCGGAGAAGCUGACUGUAAUUCUGCACCGUGCAUACGAUAACGUCAUGGCUGAGAUGGAAUCAUUAAAAGCCAAAAGGAAGGGGACAUCUUCUUUAUCCCACGAAGACGCCAACUUGGAAUCCGUUAACGAGCUUCGAAGCCCGCCAAGGAUCCGAACAAGAGGACGUCCAAAAAAUAGGCUAGGUUCAAAGUUGGACAAACAGAUUGCAAAUGCCACAAAGAAGAAGAAAAUGAAAGUUUUAAGCGAGAUAAACCUGUUUGAUGCUGCAUCAGUGUUGCAUUCAAAUUCCAGCCAAUAUCAAGGACAUGUUAUGAAUUAUCAGUUUACGGUACCAGCAGCAGGGGAUAACUCUUUGGGUGUAUAGUUUUACAGAAUAUGGGUGUAAAAGCACUGUUUCUCUUGGGUGUAUUUUUGUGAAUUCACAUUUUACAUUUUAAGUGUUUAGGGUUCAAGGUUUUAGUCUCAAAGCAUCAUGGGGGGAUAGAUUUCAGGGUGUAUAUUCAACUUUAUUUGGGUUUAAAAAAUCGCAGGUUAUGGGUGUAUAUUUGAUUUGAUAUUUUUCUUCAUAUUUUAGUACGUGUAAUUCAUACAUUUUGAAUACAGCACAGACAAUUUAACAGCACAAACAGUUUGGGUGUAUAUUUUAAGCAAUCUUGGGUGUAUAUUAAACUUCC